AUGUCGGUUCCACGCACGAUUACUGCGCGUCUCACUGAUACUGACCAAGAUGCUGACCUGGAACAGCUGCGAGAGUUUAUCGACACGUGUCCGCUUCUCGACCACCACUGCCACUGCCUGAUGGAGCUAGAGCCUCCCCGCGAGAACAAGCAGUACACUCCAUCGCCGUUAAGUAUUCGUGAGCUGGCAUCUGCCCUAUCAGCGGACGCCACGUCACUGGAGGGAGUCGCCGCUGCUCGGCUGCGAUUGGGCGAGGAAGCAGCCAAUCAGAAGCUGUUUGGUGCUACGCGGAUAUCUGCCCUGCUUAUAGACGAUGGGCUUAGAGGCGGGGUGGCUCAUAACGGGGAUGUGAACUGGGGGGUGGGAGGAGGAGAAAGCGGAUCGUUUGAACCAGGAGCAGCAACAGAAACAGCAGAAGUUGUGGCAUCAGCAGUAGCGCAAGAGGGAGGGCAGCAGGCAGUUUCCAAGUCAACCCGCAGGCCACCGGAAGUAGAGCAGCAGAGGGAGGCGAAACGGCCAGGAGAAGAGCAAGGAGGAAAUCGGAGGGGAGAGCAGGGAGGAGAAGGGGGAGGAGAGCGGGGAGAGGAGCAGAAGCAGGAGCAGGGAGAGGGGCAAAGAUGGAGGUGGAGGGGCGUGGCAUGGCACGAGUCGCUGGUGCCGGUGGUGCGGCGAGUGCUCAGGCUGGAGACUGUAGCGGAAGAUAUUCUGCUGGGACCUGCGCCAGCUUCGGUAAUCCAAACCUCUCCGCCGAGCCUGCGCCUGUGUGAUCCCCGAGUGAUUAGCUUCUGCAUCGCUACAGCCCUGGCAGUGGCGGCCAAGCAUCAGCUGCCGUUGCAGAUACACUGUGGUUUUGGCGACAGGGAUUUGGAUCUGGCAGCAGCCAACCCUCUGUGCCUGCGCUCCCUGCUGGAGUAUAACGAGGGGCUCGUGGAGGUGCCAGUGGGGGAGGUGCCAGAGGGGGAGGCGCAUGCGGGGGCACGUGGGAAGGCGCGUGGGUUGGGGUGCAGCCAUGCAAGCUAUGCGGCGCCGAUUGUUCUCCUGCACUCGUGCUAUCCGUUUAUGAGGGAAGCUUCGUACCUUGCUUCUGUGUACACCAUGGUGUACGUCGACUGUGGGCUGGUAUUCAGCAAGCUCUCCCUCUCAGGCAUGAAGGCCGCCCUCCUUGACUUGCUUGACCUCGCCCCUCUCACCAAGGUUCGUGCUCGUUGA